AUGUCGAUCACUCUUGACGAUGUCUCCACUUUACUUCACCUUCCGGUACUGGCACAGUUAUGUGAUUUGGAGGAGUUAGAGUUUGAGGAGGCUCGUACAGCCCUUGUAGACCUGCUCGACAUUGAUGGUGGCGCAGCUAGUGCUGAGAUGGAGGAUGUACGUGGACCGAAAGUCAGACUCAGCUGGCUAAGAAAUAUAUAUGUUCAAAGGUGUCAGUCGCAGCAAUGGGACUAUGCUGCCAAAGCAUAUUUGUUGCAUCUAGUAGGAUGCACGAUUUUCGCAAAUAAAAGUGCCACUUUUAUACGCAUGUCUUACCUACUAUUAUUUAGAGAUGUACAUGCGUGUGGUAGAUAUGUUUGGGGUGUUGCUGCACUCGCCCAUUUAUACGACCAGCUCGGGGAUGCGAGUCUGGCUUCCACGAAGCAGAUGGCUAGAUUUCUGACUUUGUUUCAGUUGGAUGGCCUGACAUAUAGUGGAGUUGUAUGGCCUCCAUAUGAGGGACAUCGGGGCAUUCGUCCAUUCUUCGGCAUUUGUAUGUAUUCUGGAUGGAUUCGGAUUGGUGACACCCUUUCCCGUCAUUUGCCUGAGCGUGUGAUGAGGCAGUUUGGGUUAUAUCAAGAGAUUCCACGACCACCCACUGCCGUUGCAGAUGCAGAUGUAGUCGCUGUUGAUUAUGCGUGGUUGCACUUCAUGAAUCACGUUAUUAUGAAUGUGAGACAAGCAUCAUACCCUUAUGAAUGUGUCGAUGGAUACAUAUAG